AUGGUUGAACGAGGCCCCGACCAAUGGCUCGAGAAGAUCAAGAAGUGCCAGGCACUGACAGAGAGUGAGAUGAAGCAGCUGUGCGAGCUAGUGAAGGAGCUCCUGAUGGAGGAGUCCAACAUCCAGCCCGUGCGGACCCCUGUAACCGUCUGCGGCGACAUCCACGGGCAGUUCCACGACCUGCUGGAGCUCUUCCGCACGUCGGGCGGGUUCCCAGACCAAGUGAAUUACGUCUUCCUCGGCGACUAUGUGGACCGGGGUUACUAUAGUCUCGAGACGUUCACACUUCUGAUGUGUCUCAAGGUAAAGUACCCCGCCAAAAUCACCCUCGUAAGGGGCAACCACGAGUCCCGGCAGAUCACACAGGUGUACGGCUUCUACGAGGAGUGUCUGAACAAGUACGGGUCCACCACUGUGUGGAAGUACUGCUGCCAGGUGUUCGACUUUCUCACGCUGGCAGCCAUCAUCGACGGCAAAAUUCUCUGCGUGCACGGCGGACUAUCACCGGAAAUCCGCAUGCUGGACCAAAUAAGAGUCCUGUCCCGCGCCCAGGAGGUCCCCCACGAGGGCGGCUUCUCCGACCUGCUCUGGAGCGAUCCCGACAACGUCGACGCCUGGCAGGUCUCGCCACGUGGCGCCGGCUGGCUGUUUGGCAGCAAGGUCGCCCGCGAGUUCAACUACGUCAAUGGCCUCAGCCUUAUUGCCCGCGCCCACCAGCUCGUAAUGGAGGGCUUCAAGUACCACUUCCCCGAGAAGGAUGUCGUCACCGUCUGGUCCGCGCCCAACUACUGCUACCGCUGCGGCAACGUCGCCUCCGUCAUGAAGGUCGACGAGGACCUCGAGCCCACCUUCAAGAUCUUCUCCGCCGUCCCAGAUGACUAUAUCCAGGAGGCCAACCACAACAACCAGAGGGGUGGAUACUUCCUCUGA